GCCGUCGCCAUGUAGAGUCCGCAUGGCACGGUCGCUCCCGCAGCCAACGUCAGUGAAGGUCAUAGACACAGGCCCUCGAGAGUAGAAAUGUUUCGUCUUGUUAAUUAGCCUUUGAAUGAGCCUCUAACUCGGACUCGAACGCUGUGGUCUGACAGAAGGCAAUGCUAGGCUAAAAGCAAACCAAAAAACAUAUAUUUUUUAUUUUCUUAACUUCAUAAUUCAGUGAAUCAACUCAUAUGGUCCAGUGCAAGAUAGUGUGCAGACCUUUCAUUCCAAGAACACUCACAGUACCAGAAAUCGUGCGUCAUGUAUAAAAAUUAUUGAUACCAAAAAACACAGAUUACCUGGUACUUCGGUGUUCAGACCAUCGUUCUUGUAAGUCGCAUCCGUGUGCUCGCCGACUGCAUCUCUCUCGCUUACACGAACGCCAGCGAGCUCAACAGGAAGAGAUGUUGUGGAGAACGAGAGACUGUGGGCGGAUGGGCGUGUUGUUGAUGCUGGCGAUGGUGUGUCUAACGCCCACGUUGAUCUCGGCUCGUAUCAACUCGUAUAACAAACCUGCUGGAGGCGAAGUGAGAGAACAGGACCCCGUGUGGGACAUCAGGCACGUUCUUCCUGAUCUGAACCUUGAGAACAACACGUUCACUGACGUCACCUUCAACGUAGGUGACGUCGCCUACCUUCCUUGUCGUUUUCCUCAGCUGUCGACUUUGCAUCAGAAGGCCUUCCUCCUCCUCCAGGUGUCAUGGAUCCGUCGCUGGGACUGGCACAUCCUCACCACAGGGAUCUACACCUACACGAAGGACAUGCGAUUCCGUGUCCUACACCCAGAAGGCUCGGAUGACUGGACGCUUCAGCUCAAGUACGUCGAGACCAAAGACAACGGCACUUAUGAGUGUCAGAUGUACACAGGCACGGGCGUACUCUCUCAGUUCGUCAACUUGCACGUAAAUAAACCACGUGCACUCAUACUUGGACCUCAAGAGCUUCACGUGCAGGAGGGCGACACAAUCACACUCGUUUGCGUUAUUCAACAGGGCCAACCCCCCUUCGUGUUCUGGUAUCAGGAGGAGAAGAUGGUCAACUACGAUGACUCUCGCCACCGCCUCAGGGUCAUCACAAAGGUCGAAGGCUCCAGGACGCAUUCCAGGCUCACCAUCACCGACGCCAGACAAACGGAUUCAGGAAACUACUCCUGCGUCGCCCCGAACGUGGAUCCUUCCUUUGUUCUCGUCUUCGUGAGCGAGGCAGGUGAUACCGUCGCAGCAGUUCAGAGACGCGGCCACACUUCUACAGCGCCAGCAGGUCAUCUUCCUUCCCUCGACCUUGUUCUCUCCAGCGCUAUCUUGGUCUUCGUCAAAAUCUUCGCCCAAAUCCUCCCCGUGAGAUGAUGGUCAUGUCACGAGGAGAGAUCUUGACGUUAAGAUGCUGCUGAGAUGUUGAUGGAGAUGCGAUGCUGCUGUAUCUCUU